UUAUGGAUUCUCUCUAUUUUAUCUCUCUAGUCUAUCUCUCUUGUAUUGCUUCUGUCCCCCGGCUGCCAUGCAUUCAUAAUAUGGUGAUCUCUCUAGUUCUUGGUGCGGAGGUGGACGUUGAUGUUGACACCAAGUUCUUUGAGAUGAUUUCCCAGAUGAAUUUUAUUUCCAAGUUCUCUGUCAGUAUCAAGACUCGUUGUCGCCUUAUCGAGGGUAGAGGACCGACUAAAGCUGAAGGUUGGCAACAGAAGUAUUUCUUUGCGCGUAUUAGUCCGGCUUCUGUGGCUAAUCCCUCUGCGGUUUUUAGGACCGAAUGGAAUCCCGAGCCUGUGGCUCAUGGGAAGGGUCGGCCUCUUCCGUCGUAGGUGACCGAUCGCUUGAAUCGAAUUCUGGGUCCGGGAGAUUUACUUGGGUUGACUUCACUGUCGAGCGCAUCCGUCAGAGCAUUCCUCGCAUUACCACUGUUUCUCGGGUGGUUACUUUCGGGUCUUCAUUUACUGCCGAGUCUUCGGAGAGAAAGGGAAAGACUUCUGCUGGCAAGAAAAUGGGGAAAGUCAAGAGGGACAUUCAUGUGUACUGGGUUAUGAGCGAGACGUCCUCCGCUCUCCUGUCAGCGAGUCUGAAAGGAAGCGGUUUGUUUGCGGCCUUGGUUCCGGCUCCUGUUAUUGCCGCUUCUGCUGCUCCUAUAGUUGAUUCUUCCGUCGCGGCUGUUCGUUCUUCUCCCGACAAGACGGCGGAUGGUGACGAUCAUUUGUCAACGGUUGGUCCUUCCGAUCCUGACAUUCCGAUGGUUUCUCUGCCGGCGGCUCCCUCUCCUCUUGGCACUUUGACCGUUGGAGAUCCUGGGAUCGUAGAUGCUCCUGAGCGGCCUCCGGCUAGUGGUUCCAGGAAAAGGAAGAGGACGUUCGUUUUUGAAGAUUCUGAUUCUUCUUUAAAAAUAAGAAGAUUCUUUUUACAACUCUAUUUUGUUUAGAAUUCUAAAAAAUCAAAUAUUUAGAUUUAUUAUUAAACAGUUUGUUGUAUUAUUAUGAAUUUAUCAUUCGUUUUAA